UAUUAUGUUAUUAAUAUUGUACAUUCCUUUUAUAUUGGCUUCUUAUCUUUAUGAGAAUUCCACACUUAUUACAUAAACUAUGUUUCAUGAAAGAGAAGACAAUCCCAUGUACAACCUAAGUGUACUUUCAACUUAUGAAUCAUACAAUUAAUUAGACAUCAAAAUUGAAGAUCUCUAAAAACGAUAAUUUUAUAUCCCAUCUGAUAUUGAACCCUUUAAGACCAUUUAUAAUGAUAUUAUUAAUCCUAUUCCGUGUUCCCAUUAUGAUUAUGAAACUAAAAUUGAUGAAUCACCUUUUAAAUUUAAUGUCAUCAGAACUGACACUCAAGAAACUAUGCUUUCCCUUUAUGAUAUAAUAGUAUCUGAAUAUUAUAGUGAAUUCACUAUUAAAAUACCCACCAAAUACUUUUUUGGUUUAGGUGAACGAAAUCAAAAAGGAUUUAGAUUCAAAGAAGGCAUUUAUACUCUCUAUGCUAAAGAUGUUCCAUAAUUAUUAGAAGAUGGUAAAUAACCAGGAAAAGGUGUUUAUUCAUCCCAUCCAGUUUAUUUAAUGAGAGAAAGAUCAGGCAAAUAUCAUGUAUUCUUUUUUAAGAAUACUUCUCCUAUGGAUGUCAUUUACAAAGAUGAUAAAUUAACAUUCAAAUAUAUUGGUGGAAUACUUUAAUUGAAACUCUUCUUAGGAGAUUACGAUCCUGAAACUGCAAUCAAAUUAUAUCAUUCUUAUUUAGGAGGUUGGGCUUUACAUCCAUUUUGGGCAAUGGGUUAUCAUCAUAGUAGAUGGCCAAUUAAAAGCAGUUAAAAGUUAAAAGAGUAUGUUUAUAAACAUAAAGAACUUGAUAUUCCAUUAGAUACAAUUUGGUCUGACUUAGAUUAUAUGAAUGACAGAUAAAUAUUUUCAGUUGAUGAAAUGAGAUUCCUCAAAAAUGACUUUGAAGAAAUAUAAAAUAAAUUAGGAGUGAAUUACAUUCCAUUAAUAGAUGUAGCAGUAGGAGUAAAGUAUGGCAAAUAAGAUAAAGGAUUUAGAGAGGGGAUUAAUUUAGAUAUAUUUUUAAGAUCUCCAAAUACUGGUUAACGUUUUAGAGGAAAGGUUUGGCCAGGAGCAUCAUAUUUUCCUGAUUUCUUUCAUCCUAAUUGUUCUACAUAUUGGAGAACAAUGGUUAAACAUCUUUAUUAAAGUACUAAUUUUAGUGGAUUAUGGAUUGAUAUGAAUGAACCAACAAAUUUUUGUGAUGGAGAAUGUGAUUAGUAAUCAGGAAGAGAAAAAUGGAAUGCUACAAUGGAUUACACAGAUGUUAAUGAAACUUAUAAAAAUAAUCAUAUUAGAUUUCCAUACAUUCCAGGAGUUUCUCCUCUUGAGAGAAUGACACUUCCUCCAAAUUUAUUUCAUUAUGGUAAAUAUCUUCAUAAAGAUGUUCAUAAUAUUUAUGGAUUAUAAGAAUCAUAUGAAACUUAUUAAGCAUAAAAAGAAAUUGGAAAACCAUUACCAUUUAUAAUUUCAAGAUCAACAUUUCCAGGUAGUGGACAUUUUACUUAACAUUGGGAAGGAGAUAAUGAAGCAUCGUAUACAUUCCUUUAUUUAUCAGUUGGUUCAACUAUGUAAUUUAAUAUAUUCGGUAUACCUAUGGUUGGUGCUGAUGUAUGUGGAUUUUUAGACAAUACUACUCCUAAAUUAUGUGCCCGUUGGGUUUAAUUAGGUAGUUUAUAUCCAUUUUUUAGAAAUCAUAAUAAUGAUAGAGCUAAAGAUUAAGAAUUCUAUUCACUUGGAGAUGAAGUAUUAUUAGCAGCCAGAAGAAAUAUUAAAUUAAGAUAUUCUAUUAUGAAAUGGUAUUAUUCAUUGUUUUUGAGAUCUAAUCAUACUGGUACAAUAUUUCGCCCAGUCUUCUUUGAAUUUAAUGAUGAUGUUAAUCUAUUCAAAGAUGAUGUUUUAGAUACUUAAUUUCUUAUUGGAGAUGAAUUAAUGGCAGCACCUAUCUUAAUUGAAGGUUAAACAAUAAGAAAAGCAUAUUUUCCUAAAGCUUAUUGGUAUCAUUUCCUAAGUGGAAGUAGAUUACAAAAAAUUGAAGAUUCUGGUUAAGAACAUUUUGUUAUGUGUAAAUAUACAGAUUAUGUCCCACUUUAUAUACGAGGUGGUAGUAUCAUCUUAUAAUAAAAUAUCACAUAAGUAAAAUCUAUUAAAGAUCUCAAAAAUCAUUUUUAUGCUGUUAUUGCUAUUGGUGAAAAAGAUUCUUUUGGUACCAUCAUUGAUUUAGAUGAGUUUUCUGAUUAAAAAGUAUGCUCAUACAAUUAUCAAUAUCUAGAUAGCAGAUAAAUGUGAUCAACUCAACUGUAUUCUUAAUGUUAAUUUCUCUUAAUAAGAAAAUCAAGCGGAAUUCACGAUUGUAAGAGCUGAUAAUGGAGGACCAGCAGCCUAUCCAUUGUUUAUCACCAGAUUGAAGGUAUAUGGCUUAUCACCAUCAUAAACCAUUAAAUGUUCAAGCAAUGUAAUUCUUUAUAUUAUUUUAGAAAAUUGUUGAAUGUUCAUACAGCAAUGAAAACACAUUCCCAUAUGUAUCUAACAUUUUACUAAAUGAAGGCAUAGGACUUGAGUUUGGUGAAACUACUGGAGUAUUCAAACUUACAUUGUAAUUUUCAUGAACAUAUUUUUUAAUACAAAAC